AUGACUCAAAGUGGAAGUGGGAAGCUGAUAAAAAGGGACGAUCUAAACUUUGUCCUAAAAUUUAAGGACUUUACUUUUGCGAAAUUCAGACACAUGUGCAUUCUCUCAGGAUGUGAUUAUGCUUCGUCUAUGACAGGGAUUGGACUACAAUGUGCAAUAACUGUUUUGGAGGCAGCUGACAUAAAGGCACACAAUGGGCCACAACUAACAUAUGAGAAAUCCUCCACAAGCCUUCCCUUGUCAUCCUUAAAGGAUAUUGUGACAUGUUCGAGAAGGCAGACGAAACCUUCCAGCAUCAACCAGUGUUCAACCCUGAUUCCAAAAGAGUGGUUCCAGUUAAUG